AUGGAUGUUGCAGCACUUCGGAACCGCAUCCAGUCUACACUUGACGCAAAUUCGGAUACUCGACGACAGGCGGAAUUGGACCUAAAAUAUGCCGAGACGCAGCCAGGUUUUGUAAAUGCUCUGCUGGAUAUUUUGCAGGGGGAGCAGGAUAAUGCCGUUCAACUUUCGGCCGGUGUCUACCUGAAAAACCGAAUCAACCGUGGAUGGUCUCCUGUCGAAGAGUCUUCUUUGCGCACACCGAUUCCUGAGGAGGAAAAACCAAGUUUCCGGGAGAGGCUCAUUCCUGCCCUGGCAUCGACACCCCCAAAUGUUCGCGCUCAGCUUGUCCCUCUUCUCCAGAAGAUCCUCCAGCAUGACUUCCCCGAGAAGUGGCCUGGGUUCCUGGAUAUCACCCUCCAACUAUUGGGUACACAUGACGCCAACUCAGUUUAUGCAGGCCUGCAGUGUCUGUUAGCCAUCUGCCGCGUGUACCGAUUCAAGGCUGGAGACAAGCGCGAGGAGUUUGACAAGAUUAUCGAACACUCUUUCCCCCAGCUGCUCAGCAUCGGAUCGAAGCUUGUGGAUGAAGAAAGCUUGGAGGCUGCGGAAAUGCUUCGUAUCGUGGUAAAAUCGUACAAGCAUGCUAUUUACUUUGAGCUUUCCCCGCAUCUGCAAACACACCAAUCAACAGUCGACUGGUGCACGCUCUUCCUCCGCAUUAUCGCCAAGGUACCUCCUGCCAACUCUAUGAUGGAAUCGAAGGAGGAGCGGGAGCUCAACCAUUGGUGGAAGUGCAAGAAAUGGGCCUACGCCAACCUGAACCGUCUGUUUAUUAGAUACGGAAACCCCACAACCAUGUCUAAGUCAAGCAACCCCGACUAUACCCCAUAUGCCAAGGCUUUCAUCGGCACCUUCGCCCCGGAGAUUCUCAAGGGAUACCUGCAGGAGAUCGACAAGUGGGUGUCGAAGGGCCAAUGGCUCAGCAACCCAGCGCUUUCUUAUACCUUGAUUUUCUUCGAGGAAUGUGUUAAGCCCAAGGCGAUGUGGGAUCACCUCAAGCCGCACAUGGAUAACCUCGUUGCUCAUUUCAUCUUCCCCAUCUUAUGUCAAACCGAUGAGGAUAUCGAAUUGUUCGAGACUGACCCAUCCGAGUAUCUUCACCGAAAGUUGAACUACUACGAGGAGGUCUCUGCACCGGACGUUGCCGCCACAAACUUCUUGAUUGCUCUCACUAAGAACCGCAAGAAGCAAACCUUUUCCAUUCUCACUUUCGUUAACGGCAUUGUUAGCAAGUACGAGGCUGCUCCGGAAGAUCAAAAACUGCCAAGGGAGAAAGAAGGCGCUCUUCGUAUGAUCGGUUCUUUGGCCUCCGUCAUUCUUGGAAAGAAGAGUCCAAUUGCGGACCAGGUCGAAUAUUUCUUUGUCCGACACGUCUUCCCAGAGUUCCGCAGCCCCCACGGCUUCCUCAGGGCCCGUGCCUGUGAUACCUUGGAGAAAUUCGAGCAGCUCGACUUCAAGGACCCCAACAACCUCAUGAUCAUCUACCGGAAUAUCCUGGAAUCCAUGACGGACUCGGAAUUGCCUGUGCGUGUUGAGGCUGCGCUUGCUCUCCAGCCUCUUAUUCGACACGAUGUCAUUCGCACUUCCAUGCAACAGAAUAUUCCUCAGAUUAUGCAGCAACUUCUCAAACUUGCCAACGAGGUUGAUGUGGAUGCUCUGGCCAACGUCAUGGAAGACUUUGUUGAAGUCUUCUCCGCAGAACUUACUCCUUUCGCAGUUGCUCUGAGUGAGCAACUCCGUGACACGUAUAUGCGUAUUGUAGGCGAACUUCUGGAGAGGAAUGCAGCAAAAGGUGACGAAGAUGCCUACGGCGAUUUCCUGGAUGACAAGAGUAUCACUGCUCUUGGUGUCCUGCAAACAAUCGGCACUUUAAUCCUCACACUUGAGAGCACUCCCGACGUGCUCUUGCAUCUCGAGACAAUCCUCAUGCCUGUCAUCAGCAUCACGCUUGAGAACAAGCUUUACGACCUCUACAACGAAGUUUUCGAGAUCAUUGACAGCUGCACCUUUGCUUCCAAAUCCAUCUCCCCUACUAUGUGGCAGGCCUUCGAGCUCAUCCACAAGACCUUCAAGGCAGGUGCUGAGUUGUACCUGGAAGACAUGCUGCCUGCGCUCGACAACUACGUUGCCUACGGCUCUCAGAUGAUGGUCCAGAACCCCGCUUAUCUCGCAGCUGUUGUGGGCAUGGUAGAGGACAUCUUCCACGAUGAGAAGGUUGGCGGUGUUGACCGGAUCUGCGGUUGCAAGCUCGCCGAGACCGUCAUGCUGAACCUGCGCGGUUACAUUGACCAAUACAUCCCUGUCUUCAUUGAACUCGCGAUGCGUGUUAUUGAUGCUGGCGAGGCAAGGACCAAGUCCUACCGAAUCCACCUGAUGGAGAUGGUGAUUAACGCUAUUUACUACAACCCGGUUCUUAGUCUCCAGGUCCUGGAAGCCAAGGGAUGGACAAACAAGUUCUUCAGCGCUUGGUUCUCUAACAUCGACAACUUUAGACGGGUCCACGACAAGACACUUUCGAUUGUUGCCAUCAGCUCGCUGUUGACGCUGAAGGCUGGCGAUGUCCCCGCCAGCGUGCAGCAGGGCUGGCCAAGAUUGCUCCAGGGAGUUACUAGACUCUUCCAGACAUUACCUGCCGCCAUCAAGAACCGGGAAGAUGCAACCAAGGAGUCUGAUUUCACAUAUGACGAUGAGGAUGAAGGCGAUGAGGAGAAUGACUGGGAUGGUGAGAUCGAGUGGACCGAGCAGGAUGAGGCCGAAGCUAUUGCCGAGGGCGAUGUUCCCGAUGAGAGCGCUGCUUAUCUUGACUUCUUGAAUAAAGAAGCACAAAAAUUCGGGUCUUUCGCCGGGGACGACGAUGAUGAAGAGCUUGAUGAGGAGAGCUUACUCGAGACGCCUCUGGACAAGGUCGAACCCUACGGCCUGUUCAAGCAAGUCUUCCUGAACAUGCAACAAGAACAGCCACAACUCUAUGAGAGUUUGACAAACAUUCUGAAUGAGGAAGAGAAGCAGGUUAUCCAGGCGGUUUUCCAUGAAGCCGAGGCCAAAGCUUUGGCGGCGGCAAACGAAGAGGCCGCCAAGGCCGCCAAUCUCCAAGCCAACGGGGGCCAAUAG